AUGGGGUGGAAGGGUAACAGCAGCAUGCGGCAGUAUAAUCCAAACAAGCCCCACAAGUAUCACAUCAAGUCAUACAAACUUGUGGAGACAAGUACGGGAUACUUGUCCAACAUUAUACUGCACGACACAACCUCCCGCACUGUGGAUGAGGUUGUCCUUACACUGCUGGACGAGUCACCCUACAAUAAGCAUGAAGGAUACGCUGUGUUCACGGACAGGUUUUACACCUCACCCGACCUCUUCUGGCACUUGCGAACUGUUGAUGGUUACGACGCAACAGGGACCUGCAUGUCAAAUCGUCAUCAGUUCACUCCUGAGCUCAAGUGCGCCAAAGGCAAGUCCAAGAAGGGGGAGGUCCACAGCUACAUCGCCACACAUGGAGAUGACAAUUUGGUUGCAAUGCGGUGGAGGGAUGCAAAGGAUGUCUUCAUGUUAUCAACCGAGGAGACUGCUGACCUGAUAGAAUGUGACAGCCAGCGCGGUCGUGUGAAGAAAAUGAAGCCAGCAAUGGUUCCGCUCUACAAUAAGAACAUGGGAGGGGUGGACCUGAACGACUACCUGGAGUCAAAGUACAGCCCAUGCCGUGCCACCAGGAAGAUGUGGAAGAAGCUUGCGAUGUACCUAGUGAGCACAGCAGUCACUAAUGCGUACAUAAUCUUCCGCAUGGUGUGUAAGGACCGCAACCGCAAGAUGCCAAGGAGCCCCCAUUUCGCAUUCCGUGAAGCGCUGGGGAACAUCAUGCUCACGAUGUGUGACACACGCCCUCCACCCAACGUUCCUGCUGUAUUGCACACGGCCCCAGUCAGCCUAGGGCACCUACCAGCAUCAUAUCCUCCGUUGCCUCUUGAAGCUUAG